ACCGAGCUAUUCUCUUUCACCUUUUGUCCAACUAGUGCGUUUAUUUUUUUUCGUAUACGUUUUUUUUUUUAAUUUUCGAAUUAUUUUUUUAAAUAAUGUAGAUAUUUACAAAAAUUCUCGAGAGGUGAAAAAAUUACUUAGUACCUAGGAUAGUCAAACGUUAGUGUCGAACCGAGUGCGAGGAAUCGGUGUAUUAUAAAUGUGCAUUACGCAAUAAAACAAAAGUAACGUUAUUUUCAAUUCAUUCAUUGAUGUUUUCGGAUGUAGUUCAUAUUAUUACCGUAACUUAUGAACGAAUAUUUCGAACCCGUGUGUGUCGAGGUCUUGGGUGCAGCGUUUUUUAUUCUACACGAGUGUUUUUUUUCAUCCGCGUUUUGGCGAAUUUUCAUCGUAAACGAUUCUAAACAUCUCGACGAUAAUUACCAUCGAAUUAAAAUUAAUUUCGCCAUCGCGAACGUAAUAAAAAUAUCAUCGAAACGGGGAACUAUUUUUUUCGUGAUUUUCAUUGAACGUUUUUCGAACUAUCAUGCGUGGUUUAGUGAACGUCGUCGCGCAUGCGCCGACUCACUUCCUGCCUUGGCAAGUUUUAGUUCAUACAUUUCAUAUGCCUCGAAAAUGGUGGUGAAACGGGUAAAAUGGAUACAAUUUAACAGAUUUUUAUUCCAAAACGAUGACAGAGGCGACUGAAAAUGGUUACAACGGGACGGUGUUGGUGCGUCUUCGAGCGGUGGCUAUGGAAAGAGAUGACAACUCCGACGGAUGGGUUCCAAUGGGAGCCGGCGGAUUGUCGAACGUAUGCGUGGUCAAAAGAACAAUACCAACUCCUCCAUUACCCGACGCUCCGGCUGCCACAGCUACGUCUUCCCUUCCUGGCGCUCCGGCCGGCGGCGGAUGCCAGGAUGCCAAUGGGAACUCCAAUAAUUUGAACAUACGGUUCGAAUUCGUUAUUUACGCGCAUCGACUAAUCGAUGGCGAAUUGGUUUUUCGAUGCGUUAUUUGUAAAGAUUUUGAAUACAAUAAAGUGAUGCCAACUUUCCACAAUUGGAAAAGCGGCGGCAAACGAGUCGGAUUAAUAUUUCAGACGGCUGCGGACGGCAGAGUCUUUGAUAGAGGGAUUAUGGGCGUGCUGGUUGAAUUAUCAGCGGGCAUAGACUUAUUACCGACUUCGUUCCCUUCUGUUGAAAGUGACAACGAAGUAUUUAUGGCUGUAGAACUUCCAUAUAAAUUUGACAAUAAACGUAAUAAACCAGAAAACAACAACAACAACAGCAACAGCAACAACAACGGCGGCAGUCGUCACGUAUCGCCUACGUCGACGGAUUCGUCGUCUCAGAAAGGCGGUGGCGGCGGCACGCCGACCAUAUCGGAUACCAGCAGCGAGAUGAAAACGUAUCGUUUCAAGCAACUGUCGCCCAACGAACAAAACUACCUUUACCAACCAGCGCCGCCACCGCCUUUACCGCCAUCGCAUCAUCAACAUCAACGUACGUUGCUGGACAGCGGGAAUUUGCUAUCGACGACGACCGCAACGUCUCAGCGGACUCGUAGCAGCGCACCGGGCUGCGGAUCCGGCUCGGCCGCUUGCUAUACGCCUUCGUCGACGCACCAUCAGCAUCAGACGGCCGAGUCGCCUGUAAUGUUCAAAAAGCAUAUGAGCGAGCACACCGGAAGCGAGUUGCAUUUCACGAUGAAGGCUGAGAAACCGCAGAGUCUGACGUGCCGACACUGCCGCAAGACUUACACCGAAGAGGAGAACGUUAAGGGAAGCUGCGAGUACGCACCGGACUGCGUACGUACCAGUAUCGAUACGGUAACGUGUAUACCGUGCGCACGUACGAUGGUCUAUCAUUGUAUGUCCGAUUCGGAAGGUAAUUUUGCUCAACAGCCUUGCGAAUGUGAUACGUCCGAUAGUGGCUGCGCCAAGAGAUGGCUCGGAUUGGCCAUCUUAUCCAUUAUAUUACCUUGUCUGUGGUGUUAUCCGCCGCUGAAACUUUGCCAUUUGUGUGGCGUCUCGUGCGGCGCUUGCGGCGGUCGACACGAACCUUUGAAUACUCCGUCGGCCGCUACUACGUAGCUGUUCCGGUUUUUUUGUUUUUAUGUUUAAUUCAAAUAUUUUUUUUCUCGUUUUGAGUCGUUGUCGUCGUCGUCGUAAUUUUUUUUUUUCGUUCGUUUCGUUUCUGUAUUUUUUCCCUCCGUUUUUUUCGUUUCGUUUCGUUUCGUUUUUUUCGUUCAUCGUUCGUUUGUUCGUUUUAAAGUGUUCUGACGCGACGCGACGAUUACGAUAAUUUUUUUGUUUUGCGAGUGAGAAACAUCCAUAUUGCUCAAGAUCGUCGCGCAAAACGCGCCCAGCAAAAUCGUCCGUAAACAUCUUACGAAGUACUGUGUUCAAACGUGAUCAAGGUCAUCAAUUUUAGCGUAAUUUUAUCACUCUUCUCUUCUUCUGUGUUGUGUGUUUUCUUUCUGUGUGUGUCAUGUCACAUGUCAUGUGUCGUAGAUUAACGUAUCGAGUUCGAUUUCGAGUAUUAUGAUGAUGAUUCUGAUGAUGCUGAUGAUGAUGAUGGAUGCUGGUACGUUGUUCGUAUCGGUAUCGUUAUAGUUUUAUAAUAACAUAGUAGGUACAUACAUACCUACUGUACCUACCUAUAUAUUGCAUAAAUAAUAUAUUGCGUUAAUAUUUUAAAACUGUUCUAUUCAUCCCUCUCCUCCACCCCCUCAUCCUGUUUCAUUAAAUUACAUACUUACUUCAUAAUCGUACAACUACAUACCUACAUAUAUGCGACAUAUGACCAUAUGGAUAUAAUAUUAUUUAUUAUAUUAUGUAUACCUAAUAUUAUCUAUCUACCUAUAUAGAGAUCUACUACCGGUGAUUAUUUUAAGCGUAGGAGAUGCGCACUCGCGUAGAUUUUUGGUUCAAGCGGUUCGCCUCCUUGGUCCUUUUCCUAGAUACGUUUUCCUGACGUUUUGAGUUUUUCUCCUCUACAAGUACCUGAAAGUAGUUCCUUGAGCGUUGUUUCAAGUUUUAAUGCAUUUCUUCAGUGUCGAGUACCGGGUUGAAUAUUAUUGACGAGUGCCAUAUCGUGCGUUGCUUUAAUUACCUAUUGUGAGAAAUGCUCGGAGCAGAAUGGCGGAGUGGAAUUUUUAUUUCAUUUCUUCACGAGCUGGGGGUUGUAUGGACGCGGAGGAGGAUUAGAAUUCCAAAUAGGGGUGUGAAAAUCUCACUGUAGCAGUGUUUUUCAUCUGAAUAAUGAGUAAAUACUCCUCCUAGUGAGGUUUGGGAGUUAUUCUGUUUGGAAAAUCAGUAUCUAAAUCGACUUCAAAUAAAGCUACAGAAAUGAAUAUCAGAUUCAGGCACAGACUGGGUCGGUUGAAGGGGGGGGAGCUGGCGGAUGCACCGAAUUGGGCUUUCAAAAUUUUAUCCCCUCUCCCCUGUGAGAAUUUUUUUCGUCCUGUUUUAGUCAAUCAGACAGGAACAAAACUAGAAAUGAAUGUUUGGGGGGGGGGGGACUAAAAAUUUAUCACUAGAAAAAAACACCAAUUUUGCCGAAUAAAAUGACAAGUUUUAAAAGUGAAAUAAAAGAUGAAAUGACAAUUUUGCUAGUUGAUUUGAUUCGAAUUAGGCUAAUAAAAAAUUUGUUGUUUUCCUUUUUGAAUUUUUGGAAGUUAGAUAGAAAUUGACCGGAGUAAAGCGAGGGCAAAAGCGUUUAAAAAUUUGUACUUCGAGAGGUAAAAAAACGAAUGUUUUUUAAAAAUUUGUUCACUUUUUUAGCUCAACAUUUUAGAAUUUUAGUGAUGGAUUUUUAAAAAUUUUCAAUUUUUGAAAAGGACUCAGAUGUUCUCUACGUUGAGAAGUUUUGAGAGCUGAUAUGAGGAGUAGGCUCCAGGAGUGCCAUGAAUCUCCAAUGUGUGUCGACGAGUUCCUCAUCCUUCCUCAUUUUUGAUAAAUUUUUCUCCUUAAUUGUUUUUUUGACACCAAAUUUUUUAUUUUUGAAAAUUGACAAUUUAAAUUCUUCAAUUUUUUGAAUUUGAUCCCUCAGUGUUUUUCGAGCCUUUCGUAUUGAAAAAGUGAGCCAUUGGGAGGAUUCUGAGACGUCAAAUCUUCACAAAAAAACGUUCGAACUCGGCCAGUUAAAUUUAGUAAAAAUCGACAUGUCUCAUCACAUUUUCAAGAUUUUUGAGCGAAAAAAUAAAAAUAAAUGAAUAAUAAAAAAAAACAAAAAAAAAAGGAGACUUCUCUCCUCAACUCAGACGCUACUCCCACCGACACCCACGUUCAGAAUUAUUAUUAAAAUGCGAUCUAGGAGCUGAUUUCGCUCUGAAGCAAAUUUUCUAAACACAGAAUUUCAAUUUUCAAUUUUUUGGCCAAUUUUUGGAAACUUAAAAUUUAAUUUUUUGUCUAUUCAAAAAAGUCAAAAUUUCAUCAAAUUGGUGUAGAAAGCUGAAAUUUGAUUUACAUAGUAUUUUCGAUCCUCUCAAAGCCAAUUUUUACCCACCCCCCUCCUCUUGCACAAAAAAAUGAAACUAUCUACUGGAAAAAUAAGACUUCAUUGAAUUUACAAGAAUAGAUUUUGAAAGUGCUUACCAAAAUUCCUCGCAAGAACAAACAAUUUGAGAGUCAAAUUGUAUUUUUUUUUUUCGGUUGGAUAUUUAAAAAUUCAAAGACCUAUUGAAAAAAAAAAACAAAAAACAAUUUGAUUAAUUUUAUGUAGAAAUUGUUCACCUCCCAAAUCAAUUUUGUAUCCCCUCUUUCCCCUCUCCAUAUUUCUUUCAUGAGGAGAUACUUGAAAAGUAAAAAGAAAUGUGGAUUUGAAUCCACAGAAACGUGUUUGGAAAAUUUCUGUCUUAAUCGAUGAAGGGGAAGGGGUCAGAAUUACGGUUAAUCCGAAUUUAAAGAUAUUGAAUUUACUUGUGAUCUUUUUUAAAUGAGAUUUUUUGGUAUCUGAAAAAUCCAAAAGUCUAAUGGAAGCUCUAAAGUGACUUGAAAUAAUCACCAAUCAAUUCAAAAGUUUCAAAUACAUAAACCGAAUUUCUGCUUUCUACUUCAAAUUGGUCAAAUUUUGACUUCAUAUUAACCAAUUUAGAUUUUUUUAAAAUUGAAAAAUGAAAUUCAUCCUCUAAAAUUUUGCUAUGUGGCGUAAUUUUGAAUCCUCUUUUUUUUUUUGUUUUUUUUUUUUACCUGCUCCAAUAAUUUUUUCUUGUCUGUGGCUAAGCUGUAUUUGGGGGUGGGGGGGGGGGGGUAGAAAGAUUUUAUUGACCGAGGAAUCUAAAAAAUUAUUUUUCGUAGGCCCUUCUUACCUCAAGUGUCUUGAAAACAGUUCAAAAUGUAAAUUUCUCCCUCCAUUAUUCUUUUCAUUAAAAAUUAUUUUAAAACGUCACCUAGACUUCGAAAAAUUCAUUUCGGGUUUAUCAAGUCAUUUUUUUCUCUGAUUUUUCCAAAAAUUGGUCAAAUCCUGAUUUCAGCUUGAAAUUUUGCUUGAGCCUUGAAAAAAUUCCUCAAGUGUCUCCAAAAAUGGUCUAAUCCAAAAAUUUGAAAAUUUGGUUCACAAUCUGAAAUUUCACUUGAGCUUUUAGAAAAAUGAUUUUGAGCGGUACCUAUUGAGUCUCCUACUCCCCUUCUCCUUAUAAGUUCCAAAAGAGGACCAGUUUUAAAAAUUUCACAUUUUUUAUUUCAGUGAAAAAUUUCACUUGAAUUUGGAAAACUUGAUUUAGGGCAGUCAAUCCCCCCUCCCCUGCUCCUCCCUCGGUUUCCAAAAAGAAUGUGAAAUCCAAAAUUUUGAAAAUUUCAAUUAUGUACAAUUUGAAAAUUCAAAUCAAGCUCUCCCUUUUCUUCCAGCCUGCUGCUGCUCCUCCCUCCUCCCUCCUCUGAAAAUGGCACCUGAUUCAAAAUACUGAAAAAAUUGAUGUUGGGUGGUAUGAAACUUCCCUGGCCUCGAAAAGCGUCAAAUUUAAAGUAGGUACCGAAAUUUUUCAUUUCAGUCUGAAAUUUUCAUUUGACAUUGAGAAAAUUCAUUUCACGUUGCUAUUUUAUUUUGAUCAUGAAGAACAGUAAAAAAAAUCAAAAACAAACUUCCAAAAAUGCAUAAGAAUAAAAUUAUCACGAGCGUAAAAUUCUUCGUUUUUUUUUUUUUUUUUUUUUUUCAUUGCUCUUUUAAAUACGCCUUAUUAAUUUAAAAAUGAGGAGAAAGGAGUAAGAUUUCCCAAAAUUUUGAAAUUUUUGUACAUUAAAACAGCCAUGAAAAAAGAUUUGAGAAAAAUCAUAACCGUUCAAUUUUGUGAAAAGUAGAGAAAAAUCCUCCUAGUAAAUAUUAAUCUAAAGAAUGGACCAAAUCGUGUGACGUUACUGAUUUUGUGUGAUUUUCAUUAGGUGACUUUUUUCUGCGAAGUUUUCUUCAAUAAUCUGUAUGAAAAAAUCGUGUGAAAAAAUUGAUACUUUAAAAAAAGCUACGAGUACUUUGAAAACAAAAAAAAGUUGCGUAAAAACUGCCAAAUAAGGUGAAAAAGUAAUAUUCAAAAUUGAGUAAAAUUCGUUAAUCUAUUUUAUAGACUGUUUCAAAAAAAUCAAAUAACGCCAAAAUUUCUUAAAAAAUAAUUUUUUAAACCUUUAUUAAAUUCUUGGACUGGUUUUGUAUUUUGCUACGCUUUUUUUUUUUUUUUUUUUUAUAAUAAUUUUUUCAUUAUUCUAUCUCGUUUUUUCGAACAAACUGCAUAGGUAGCGAAGAGUAUUUGUUCGAUUUUAUUUUUUCUAUUCCCUGCAUAUUCUCAUCGGCGACCACUCUGAAGCAAUGGCCAACUUUUCGUCUAUGGUUUCUUAAUUCUUUAUCACCGGUGACAUUGAAUAAAAUUUUAAGUAAUUAGCACAAAACAAAACGCAUUAUUUUUAUCUGAUUUCAUUGUGAUAUUGUAUAAGCUAUGAAAAAUAGAAUAUUUACCGAUGUGUAUUAUUCAUCGUCGUUGGUUUUAUUAAUAUUAUAACAAACUUGAAACACGCCAAGUGUCCAAGUGUAUAGGUAUUUUUUUUUAUACUUCAUAUUGUUUCACGAACACCAAGUUUUACUUUUUUUUUCAGCAGAAGUUACCGUCUAUUAUUUAAUAUUGAUUGUUUUAUAAAUCUAAUCAGACAAAGUAAUUAUGUUCACCGGAUUACGCGGUAUGUUAUCGUUGAAUUCGUCUUUUAAAGACGCCUGUGUAUGUUUUUUUUGUUUUUAAUUUUUUUCUUUUUUGUGUGUAAUUUUUUUUUUGUACCAAAAAUUGUAUUUUUUUUUGACAUGAGAUUAUUGAUCGAUUGAUAAUAUCGUUUUUUCCCCCCAAAGUCUGAUUAUUUUAUCUAAUCGUUGAAAAAUCGUCGCGACGUUAAAUUACUUUAUAGGUACGCGUAUUGACAACCAGUAUUUUUUUUGUUUUUUUUUCUCUCUCUCUCUCUUUUGGUAAUACUACAUUAUGUUGUAGAUGAAUCGUACGUACGCCAAAAUCUGAUGUUCGUUUUAAGCGUACGAGUGUGAAACUGGUUUUUAUUUUAUUUUAUUUUAUUUAUUUUCGUUAUAUUUAAUCAAUUUUAUUAUUAGUAGUAUGAUUUUUAAUUUUUAUGUAGGUAUUCGCGUAUAUAAAUGAAAAAAACAUUGACUACCGUAACUGUACUACCUUGUUUUUUUUUCCUUUUUUUUUGUUUGUUAUGUACGUUAAUUCUUUUCUCUAUUUCUGUGCUAUUUGUUUAAUUACUCUUCUCCUAAAUAUCCUGUGGUUUUUUUUCUCCUCCUCUUAAUCCUUGAAAUACUCGCAGAGUUCUAUUAUAAGAAUAAGGUGAAGAAUCGAUUGCAAGGAGUUCUCUUCUUAUUUUUAUUUGUUUUGUUGUCUAACUAUUCUUCUGUUUUUUUUUGUUUGUUUCUUUUUUCUCAACGAAGCAUAUGUACAUAUUCAAAGUAAAUAAUUUCAAAUUAAUAGUAACAAUUAAGUUUAAAUGUAUUUCUUCAAAGACUUAGUAUGCAGGUACAUAACUACAUAUCAGUAAUGUAUUUGCUUUUUAAUAUUCCUCCUGACUGCUUUGUUAAUUUAAUCUCUUUGUUUUUUUUUCUAUUUAUUUAUUUAUUUAUUUAUUUUUUUCGUUGUUAUAAUAUAUGAAGAAAAAAAAAUUGAAAAACGUAUUUUAUACUUAAUUACUAAUAAAACUUCCACGUAUUAUGAUUUUACGUUCUGUUAUGUUGUGUUUUUUUCUUCUUCAUUUAUUUAUUCUUUUUUUUUUUUUUUUUGCUAAUGUAAAUGUUAAAAAGUGUUUUUUUUCGUUUAAUUUUUUUUUUUCAUGUAAUAUACCUAGUAAUAAUUUGUAAUAUACGAAGGAUACGAAGGUAUAAAUGUUAAAUAAUUGUUAUACUAUUGUAACUAGUAAUUUAUUUUUGUAACUAUUCUUAUAUAUUUUGUCUGGUAAAAAAAAACAAAACAAACAAACAACCCUUUAAUAAAUUACUUAAUAAAAUAAUUAACAAUCCUGUU